AUGUAUUUCUGUGUGCAGGAUUUCAAAUUGGUUCUGUGUCUUCCAGGCCAGUCUCACGGGGUUGGAGCAUCUCAAACAAUAGUAGCAGUAGUUGGUGAGGAUGUUAUCUUGCCUUGCCACCUGGAACCUGCAGCAGAUGUUGUUUCCAAGAGUCUGGAGUGGGGGAGACCUGAUCUGGAACCCAGAUUUGUCCAUGUGUGGCAUGAAGGUCAAAACCUUCUGGUUAACCAAAACCCGUCUUACAAAGGAAGAACAUCACUCUCCUCUGAGAAGCUGAAGCAUGGAGACCUUUCACUGAAACUCUCUGCAGUGAAACACUCUGAUAAUGGAAUAUACAGAUGUUACUUUCCCUCACAGAGUAAAGAAUCUACUGUUGAGCUUGUUGUUGGUUCUGUCUCCUCACCAGUCAUAGCAGGGACUAAAUUAAACAGCAGCAGUGUGGUGUUACAGUGUGAGUCUGCAGGCUGGUAUCCAGAGCCUGAGGUGUUUUGGCUGGACGGUGAGGGAAACCUCCUCUCUGCUGGACCUACAGAGACAGUCAGAGGUCCUGAUGACCUCUAUACUGUCAGCAGCAGAGUGACUGUGGAGAAGAGACACAGCAACAGCUUCACUUGUAGAGUCCAACAGAAGGACAUCAAGCAGACCAGAGAGACAAACAUUCAGAUUUCUGGUAUUUUCCCCCCUAAUAUCCACAUUUCUUUUCAGCCUUCAAACAGCUGA